UCAACGGUGCUUAGACCGGGACCAUGGAGCCCAGUGUCCUGCUCCUUCUUGCCCUCCUCCUGGGCUUCUUGCUACUCUUAGUCAGGGGUCACCCAAAGACCCAUGGCCACCUGCCACCAGGGCCUCGUCCCCUCCCCAUCUUGGGGAACCUCUUACAGAUGGACAGAGGCGGCCUCCUCAACUCCUUCAUGCAGCUUCGAGAAAAAUAUGGAGAUGUGUUCACAGUGCACCUGGGACCGAGGCCUGUGGUCAUUUUGUGUGGGACAGAGGCCAUUAGGGAGGCCCUGGUGGACCACGCUGAGGCUUUCUCUGGCCGGGGGACAAUUGCUGUGGUUGAGCCUGUCUUUCAGGAGUAUGGUGUGAUCUUUUCCAAUGGGGAACGCUGGAAGGCUCUCCGGCGAUUCUCUCUAGCAACCAUGAGGGACUUUGGGAUGGGGAAGCGAAGUGUGGAGGAGCGGAUUCAGGAGGAGGCCCAAUGUCUGGUGGAAGAGCUGAGGAAAUCCCAGGGAGCCCCCCUGGACACCACCUUCCUCUUCCAGUGCAUCACAGCCAACAUCAUCUGCUCCAUUGUCUUUGGAGAGCGCUUUGACUACAAAGACCGCCAGUUCCUGCGCCUGCUGGAACUGUUCUAUUGCACCUUUUCGCUCAUAAGCUCAUUCUCCAGCCAGGUGUUUGAGCUCUUCUCUGGAUUCCUGAAGUACUUUCCUGGGACCCACAGACAAAUCUCUAAAAACCUGCAGGAAAUCCUUGAAUACAUUGGCCAUAAUGUGGAGAAGCACAGGGCAACUUUGGACCCCAGUGCUCCACGAGACUUCAUCGAUACCUACCUUCUACGCAUGGAGAAGGAGAAGUCCAACCAACACACGGAAUUCCACCACCAGAACCUUGUGAUCUCCGUGCUCUCUCUCUUCUUUGCUGGCACUGAGACCAGCAGCACCACACUCCGCUAUGGCUUCCUGCUCAUGCUCAAGUUCCCCCAUGUAGCAGAGAAAGUCCAAAAGGAGAUCGAUCAGGUGAUCGGCUCACACCGCCCUCCAACCCUUGAUGACCGCAUCAAAAUGCCAUACACUGAGGCAGUCAUCCAUGAGAUUCAGAGAUUUGCAGACCUCAUCCCAAUUGGAGUGCCACACAGAGUCAUCAAAGACACAGAGUUCCGUGGGUACCUGCUCCCCAAGAACACUGAAGUGUACCCCAUCCUGAGUUCAGCUCUCCAUGACCCUCGGUUCUUUGAACAGCCAGAUACCUUCAAUCCUGACCACUUCCUGGAUGCCAAUGGGGCACUGAAGAAAAAUGAAGCUUUUAUGCCCUUCUCCACAGGAAAGCGCAUUUGUCUUGGCGAAGGCAUUGCCCGCAAUGAAUUGUUCCUGUUCUUCACCACCAUCCUCCAGAACUUCUCUGUGUCCAGCGCCAUGGCUCCUAAGGACAUUGACCUCACUCCCAAGGAGUGUGGCAUUGGCAGAAUACCCCCAACAUACCAAAUCUGCUUCUUGGCCCGCUGACUGUGGGCAGGUGUCCUAACUUCAGUAGAGAAUGGCACCAUCUUUCUGUCUCUGAGAGACCUGCAGGAAACCAGACCCUAGUGCAUUGCUCAUAUCCUUCUAACGCCUGUGGCUUCUCCAAAGCUCCAAUGUGUUCUUCUCUGUGUGAAUAGCACUUGAGAAAUCAAUCCAGUGCCUUUCUUGUUGUGUGAACAUAAAUUUCUGGAGACCACGUCACAUGCUGAGUUACUUCUUGGUUUCUCCCAAUAGCUGCAGUCCCCAUUUAUCAACUUGCUGUGCUUUAUGAUCUGUGCUAAUGGACUCUGUACAUGGUCCCAAUUCUGUGUCUACAGACUUGCCUAAUAUGUAUGGUUCAUGUAAAUAGAAUCACAUAGUGUGUGAUC